GUAGAAGGAAAAAUGUCAACAACAGAUGUAGGUUCUGUCAUUCCAGCGUUGAAACCGAUAUUUCUGUGCCAAAAAUGCUUCCAGCCGCUUCAGUUAGAUUCCUCGUUUAAUGCCGUGGACGAGAAGAUUCUAGCGGAUCUGAAUGUUCCGGCAGCAAGAGCUACCAGAAAUCAAGGGUCGACGGGCACACGUGAUCAUGUACCACCUACAGACAAGUUACCUGAAGAUGGCCAACCAGAGGCUUUGUGGAAGCAAAACAUCGGGCCGUCACCAGGGCAUUCGUCGGUGGACAGCGGGAACGAAUUCAUGCUGGUGGAGAAAGGGUCGUCGACAAACAGCCACAUGGGGACACUGAGCCACCAGUUUGGCAUCACCGCCCGUCUGUUCGACAUCAUAACCGAGCAAUCGGACGUCGACCAUCCACUCUGCGAGGAAUGCACGGACACACUGUUAGAUCAACUAGACCAGCAGCUAAAAAUGACGGAAGACGAAUGCAAGGAAUACCGAGACUUCCUGGAGCAGAUGCAGGAGCGUCCGUCCGGCGACGCUCUCGCGGGCCUCGACGAGCAGUUGUCACGGUUACGCAUGCAGGAGCAGAUGCUCACCGAGCAGCUGCAGAUGAUCGACAACGAGCGACGUGAGAUAGGCGCCGAGCUCGUCAAGGUCACCGAGGAGGAGCAGCAGGCGAAGCAGGAGGAGGAGAGGUAUUACCGAGAGUAUACCGAAUGCAAGAGGUUACAGCUAGAGUAUGAUGAUGAACACAGAAGUGUUGACAACCAGUUGAAAUAUGCACAGACACAGUUAGAUAAACUGAAGAAAACAAAUGUUUUCAAUGCAACAUUCCAUAUCUGGCACAAUGGCCAUUUUGGAACGAUAAACAAUUUUAGACUGGGGAGACUACCGAGUGUCCUGGUGGACUGGAAUGAGAUUAAUGCGGCGUGGGGACAGACAGUGCUUCUACUUCACGCGCUCUCGAGAAAAAUGGAUCUGACGUUUUUGAGGUAUCGGUUGGUUCCGUACGGCAAUCACUCGUACCUGGAGUGCUUGGCCGACAGGAGCAAGGAGCUACCUCUCUACGGUUCGGGAGGAUUCCGAUUCUUCUGGGACACGAAGUUCGACAGCGCGAUGGUGGCCUUCCUCGACUGCCUCCAGCAGUUCAAGGAAGAAGUGGAGAAAGGCGACACAGGAUUUUGCCUACCCUACAGAAUGGAUAGAGGAAGAGUGGAAGACUCGGGGACGGGAAGUGCAUACUCGAUAAAGAUACAGUUCAACUCCGAAGAACAGUGGACUAAAGCUCUGAAGUUCAUGCUGACCAAUUUGAAGUGGGGUCUAGCCUGGGUAUCCUCGCAGUUUGCUACAAAGUGAUCAUCAGCCCACCCACUCGUAGGACCAGCACGUUGAAAAUACGUGCAACUGCAGUGUUUCUGUAUAUAUAUGAAAAAGAUCGUGCGUUGAGGUGUGUGGUGAAUUCGUUAUCGCUGUCCAUGUUAAUGCAGUGCCGUUUAUAUUGAUAAUUGCAGUGUGAGUGUAAUAAGUAACUUAGGCCGUUGACCGGCAUUAUCGACACCAGCGUGCCCCAAUCCACCGAACACCUGCGAAUAAAUUGUUUAUUUAACGUAAUUAUUAUUAAACGAUUUGGUUUUCUGUGGCAUUAUGCGUGUCAGCAUAACUUCCACGUUCGUGUAUAUUCAUUCACGUUUACGAUGUAAUGCAUGGCGUGUGGUUGCGCGUACUUGUGUAAACUAACAGAGUUUUCGUCACGUGGUUGGAGUAUAGGGUCGUAUCGAUGUAAAUACGGCCUCCGUUACUACUACAUAAAAUGUACACGCUAUAGCUGCUAAAUUAUCUAGUUAUAAUAUAAGGAGGUGGGGGGGUCAAUUCCAAAAUUGACCUGAUAUCAAAUUAUUUAGGGUCCUGCCUUUUUUUGAAAGAUAGGUAAUGUAUCCGUAGAAAGUCCAUUCUAUAGCAAGAGGUUUUAUGAGUUAAUUGCGAUUAAUUGCAAGCAGAUACGACGGCUAUAUUUAGGGAAUACUGUAAAGGGAAUACUUUUUAGGGAAUAUAGGCAUCUUUGCUAGCCACUAAUAGCUCCAAGUGACUGUGAUGAUUGCAUCAAUGCGUUUUGUACAGCUUGUUGAUACCGCUUGCCUUUAGAAUAAGCGUAAAAAACCAGUACCGUGGUUAUCAAUAAAUAGACGCGUAUCUAGGACAGUGUGUAACUUUGUUAGAGUUUUAUAACGCCAUAGUAUUCCUAUCCUUAUAGUAAGAGGAAUGUCUAUGCAAGUUAGGACCACUUGUAAAUGCUUCGGUUGUAAAUGUUUACGAUACACACUGUACAUUUUGAAAUUAAAAAGAUAAAUAUUUUAAACCA